AUUUGGUAACGAUUUGCAACGGCAAGCGGUUGUUUCACAUUUGUACAUCCGGUGAAAUUUCUGUCUCAUCUGUGGCACAAGGCCGCAUUCAAAACAAAUCUCCCCUAAAUCCCAUUUUCCCAUUACAUGGUGGAGAUUUGCGCUUGAGCCUUUUAUUUUUAUUUUUGUUCCAGCUUCAAAAGGGGAAUUUAUUUGGCUACACACCACCAUGAAUGAAUGGACAACAGGGGAGGGGUCAACGUUUCAUACCUAAAAUCAUCCCCACCUAUCGAGGCACAGGUGACAAGUGUUGGUGAACAGGCAAGAAAGAGGUGAGGAUGAAGGCUCUUUGCCAGAGCCCCAUUAAUGAGCAUGGAUCAGCUCCUGGCCGCUCAUCAAAGAUACUGGUCUGUCACACAUAAAGACACACACCACUCACACACAGAUCACUGAUUACAUUAUCAAUGAUGGUUAUGAUUAGCCUGGUGUAACCAACCUUAUCACUGAGUUCGCCUUUCUUUUUCACAAAAAGAUAUCAUAAGAUGUGAAGUGAAAUAGAAUGGUGAACACAGUGAUCAGGUUGGUUCCACCAGAAUAGGUUAUGCCCUGGACAUUAUGUGCAUCUAAGAAGUAGAAAAUAAUGUCAGUUUACACAAAUUUGAUAACCCAAUUGUGAAACAAUUUAUCAAAAUAAUGAAGUGUUUUACCUUCUGUAUUUGUACAAAUGAUGAGCCUGUGAAAGCUGUUGCCACUGACAGGUGAACGUUGCUGUCCGGAUACUUGCCAACAUGUACACUACAUGACCUAAAGUGUGUGGACACCUGCUCGUCGAACAUCUAAUUCCAAAAUCAUGGGCAUUAUAAUGGAGUUGGUUCCGCCUUUGCUGCAAUAACAGCCUCCACUCUUCUGGGAAGGCUUUCCACCAGAUGUUGGACCAUUUCUGACUUGCGACUUUAGACUUGCUUCCAUUCAGCCACAAGAGCGUUAGUGAGGUUGGGCACUGAUGGGCGAUUAGGCCUGGCUUGCAGUCGGUGUUCCAAUUCAUCCCAAGGUGUUUGAUGGAGUUGAGGUCAGAGCUCUGUGCAAGCCAGUCAAGAUCUUGCACACUGAUCUCGACAAACCAAUUCUGUAUGGACCUCACUUUGUGCACGGGGGCAUUGUUAUGCUGAAACAGGAACGGGUCUUCCCCAAACUGUUGCCACAAAGUUGGAAGCACAUAAUUGUCUAGAAUGUCAUUGUAUGCUGUAGCGCUAAGAUUUCCCUUCACUGGAACUAAGGAGAUAGCCCGAACCAUGAAAAACAGCCCCAGACCAUUAUUCCUCCUCCACCAAACUUUACAGUUGCCACUAUGCAGCCAGGCAGGUAGCGUUCUCCUGGCAUCCGCCAACCCCAGAUUCUCCCGUCGGACUGCCAGAUGGUGAAGCGUGAUUCAUCACUCCAGAGAACGCAUUUCCACUGCUCCAAAGUCCAACGGCAGAGAGCUUUACACUACUCCAGCCGACCUUUGGCAUUGCGUAUGGUGAUUUUAGGCUUUUGUGUGGCUGUUUGGCCAUGCAAACCCAUUUCAUGAAGCUCCCGACAAACAGUUUUUGUGCUGACAUUGCUUCCAGAGCCAGUUUGGAACUCGGUGAGUGUAGCAACCGAUGGAAGACGAUUUUUACACGCUACACGCUUUAGCACUCAGCGGUACCUUUCUGUGAGUUUGUGUGGCCUACCACUUUGCGGCUGAGCUGUUGUUGCUCCUAGACGUUUCCACUUCACAACAACAGCACUUACAGUUGACUGGGGCAGCUCUUGCAGGGCAGGUUUUCAUCAAGGAAAACUGUACUUUGCUCCAUUCAUAUUUCCCUCGAUCCUGAAUAGUCUCCCAGUCCAUGCCGCUGAAAAACAUCCCCACAGCAUGAUGCUACCACCACCAUGCUUCACCGUAGGGAUGGUGCCAGGUUUCCUCCGACAUGAUGCUUAGCAUUCAGGCCAAAGAUUUCAAUCUUGGUUUCAUCUGAGCAGAGAAUCCUUUAGGUGCCUUUUGGCAAACUCCAAGUGGGCUGUCAUGUGCCUUUUACUGAGAAGUAGCUUCCAUCUCGCCAUUCUACCAUAAGUCCUUCUGGAAGGUUCUCCUAUCUCCACAGAGGAACCCUGGAGGUCUGUCUGGGUGACCAUUGGGUUCUUGGUCACCUACUUGACCAAGGCCCUUCUCCCCCGAUUGCUCAGUUUGUCCGGGCGGCCAGUUCUAGGUAGAGUCUUGGUGGUUCCAAACUUCUUCAAUUUAAGAAUGAUGGAGGCCGCUGUGUUUUUGGGGCCCUAUAAUGCUCCAGAAAUGUUUAGGUACCCUUCCCCAGAUCUGUGCCUUGACACAAUCCUGUCUCUGAGCUCUACGGACAAUUCCUUUGACCUGUUAGGUUCUAAUUUUGAGUAAAUAACCCACGGACACUAGUGAAGCUUAACCAAGUUGAAUUUUUCCCAAUGGGCCGAUUAAGAAAAAAAACAUUUUACACAAAAAAAAAAACAUUUCACACAAGCUCUGAUAUUUAACCCUUUCUCCUAGGCUGAGUCUCUUCCUCCACAACUGAACAGCCAAUGCAUCUGGGUUGCUAGACAGAACCUUAGUGAUAUCUGUUCUUCCUCACUUCAUCUGACCUGACCUCUACCCCAGUGAUUGCUCAUCCUCAACUCAAGGCUGUCAUGGUUAUUGAUACCAGACUGUGUCUCUUCUCCUCCCAGGGGAUCCCUGAUGGCUAACAAUAACAUAUUCUGACAUAAUGUAAACAUUAUACAUUACCCUCUCUCCCUCAGUGACAUUGUUAGUUUGUAAGAUCUCCACCUGUCUCCCCUUAUCAAAUGCCUUCCAUGUGUAAUCUCUUCCCUGCACUCAACACAUUCCAAGCUUAGUUGCACACACUAUAUACCUUCCUCCUAUAACCAUUAGCUUUUGGUGUAGACCCUCUAAACCUUAGCACUCCCUCAGUGACAUGAAUAACUAUAUUUUCAUAUUUACAGAACUCAAUUGACCUCAUGGCUUUUUUUAUUUGCUCUGACAUGCACUGUCAACUGUGGGACCUUGUAUAGACAGGUGUGAGCCUUUCCCGAAUCAUGUCCAAUCAAUUGAAUUUACCACAGGUGGACUCCAAUCAAGUUGUAGAAACAUCUCAAGGAUGAUCAAUGGAAAUAGGAUGCACCUGAGCUCAAUUUCGAGUAUCGUAGAAAAGGGUCUGAAUACUUAUGUAAAUAAGAUAUUUCAAAAAAACUGUUGUCACUUUCACAACCGGCUGUGAUCGGGAGUCCGCAGAACUGGCCCAGCAACGUCCCGGUUAGAGGAGGGUUUGACUGUGGUAGGCCGUCAUUGUAAAUAAUAAUUUGUUAUCAUCCCGCACAGUAGGUGGCAGGAUGUAUAUUAAAUUGUGCGAUCGACAAUAUACCAUAGAAAAAGAAGAAGAAGAAAAAAUACGAAGAAGAAGAAGAAGAUGAAGAAGAUGAAGAAAACAAAGAUGGCAAUUCAGGAAAUUGUUAGCGGACGUUAGAGAAAUUGUCACCUGUAACUCGAUGAGUUGAGCGGCACAAAACCUUUAUUUUCACAAUUGAUAAACGUCCCCUUCGAUUUAUUAACACCUGAUUUUAAUAACCAGAAACGAAACAAAAUGCCUUCACCUAAAACCAAAAACAGUGCAAAUCGCAGCGCAGGUGGAAGCGCAGGUCUCAGUGGCAGCACCAACGGCAACGGACGCUACGAGUUCAUGUCGCUGAACCGAACCCCUCCACCCACUCUCCUCCAACGGCAGGGUUCCGACCCAACCGCUGCAGCCAGACUGCGGGCAUCUGAGAGCCCUACCCGGCGAAGGGGCUCCGGGUCCUCCACCUCCUCCAACACAGGCAUGCCCGAAGAGGAUUGUAUGCGGCUCAACCCUUCAUUUAUCGGGAUAGCCCUCAGCUCCCUCCUCGCCAUAGACCUGUGGCUUUCCAAGCGGCUGGGGGUGUGUGCCUGUGAAGAUUCCUCCUGGGGCAGCAUUAGACCAUUGAUGAAACUGAUAGAGAUUUCUGGACAUGGAAUACCAUGGCUGGUCGGGACAGCCUACGGCCUUUACAAGGCUGACAGUGCAGCAGGACAGGAGGUUAUGCUAAACCUCUUCAUGGCUCUCAUUAUAGACCUGAUCCUGGUUGGCAUCGUGAAAGCUGUCGUCCGUCGGCGCCGCCCGUCCCACAACCGCAUGGACAUGUUCGCCACCUUCUCCGUGGACCGCUUCUCCUUCCCCUCGGGGCACGCCACCCGCGCAGCCAUGUGUGCCCGCUUCCUGCUGGCCCACCUGGUCCUGGCCGCACCCCUCAGGGUGCUGGUGUUCUUGUGGUCUGGUCUGGUGGGGCUGAGCCGGGUGCUGCUGGGCAGACACAACGUGACCGACGUGCUGUUUGGCUUCCUAAUGGGCUACUGGCAGUACAACCUGGUGGAAAUGCUCUGGGUGUCAUCACUGGGCCUUCAGGGGCUGCUGGGACUCAUCCAGGGGUGAGGAUGAGGAGGAGGAGUGGAGAUUGAGGAGGGUUAAAGAGGGUGUGGUUGGUGGGAGACCCUGUCUCAAUAUGUUUGAAACAUUGACUGAUCCUGCCCCAUACUGACACUGUGGUAACUCAUCAUUUCAAGACUAACCACGGCAACAACAAUGGCUGCCACCCACUAAUCAUCCAUCCACAUGGAACUGCAAUCAGAAGCACCUACAGUAGGAGCAGGAUGCUCCUCUACACUGCAUCACAGCACUGCUGCAAAGACCUGGAACACUUUCCACUCUACUGUAAUUCGCUGUUGAAAACAAAAGUGUGUGUGGAAUAUUAAUGUGGUGUAAUAAGCCGGGGGGGUAGUGUUACCCCCAAUACAGUCUUCUGUUCUUCUUCCAGCUUUGGAGGUUUGGAGCUCUGCAGUGAUAUGAGAGAGAGAGAGAUGUGUUCUUUUAGAGGGGAAAAUGACAGCAAUAGAUUAAAACUUAAAUUGAUUAUGGUGUCUGCGGGUCGCUCUGAAAAGAGCAUAUUUUAUGUGGGUUUGUAUUGACUUAUUUUAAAAUGUUAAGGUAUGUAAGGCUGAAAUUUGAAUGGUAUGUCUUUUUUAUUUCCCACUGAAAUAUACACUGAACAAAAAUAUAAACUCAACAAUUUCAGCGAAUUAUUAUUAUUAUUAUUAUUUUUAUUUUUUUAUUUUUUAUAUAUAUAUAUUUUUUUUUAACUGAGUUACAGUUCAUAUAAGGAAGUUAGUCAAUUGAAAUAAAGUCAUUAGGCCCUAAUCUAUGUAUUUCACAUGACUAGGCAAGGGCGCAGCCAUUGGUGGGCCUGGGAGGGCAUAUGCCAGGGUUCCUUAACUGGAGGCAGGCGGAGACAUUUUAUCCAUGGGUGGUUUUAUCUGUAAUUGUGUUCCGGCCCGCCGACCAUUCGCUUCAGGAAAAAAAACGACCCCCGGCUAAAUCUAGUUGAUGAACCCUGGCAUAGGCUCACACACAAGGGAGCCAGGCCUAGCCAAUCAGAAUAUGUUUUUCCCUACGAAAGUGCUUUAUUAUGGACAGAAAUACUCCUCAGUUUCAUCAGCUGUCCAGUGGCUGUUCUCCGACGAUUCCACAGUUGAAGAAGCUGAAUGUGGAGGUCCUGGGCAGGCCACAUAGUCUGCGGUUGUGAAGCCGGUUGGACGUACUGCCAAAUUCUCUCAAAUGAUGUUGGAGGUGGCUUAUGGUAGAGAAAUUAACAUUUAAUUAUAUGGCAACAGCUCUGGUGGACAUUCCUGCAAUCAUCAUGUCAAUUGCAUGCUCCAUCUUGAGACAUCUGUGGCAAUGUGUUGUGUGACACAACUGUACAUUUUAGUGGCCAUUUAUUGUCCCCAGCACAAGGUGCACCUGUUUAAUGAUCAUUCUGUUUAAUCAGCUUCUUGAUAUGCCACACCUGACAGGUUGAUGGAUUAUCUUGGCAAAGGAGAAAUCCCCACUAAUUGGGAUGUAAACAAAUUUGUGCACAAAAUUUGAGAGAAAUAAGCUUUUUGUGUGUGUAUGGAACAUUUCUGGGAUGUUUUAUUUCAGCUUGUGAAACAUGGGACCAACACUUUACAUGUUGCAUUUAUAUUUUUGUUCAGUAUACAUACCCUGAAUAGGUUAUUGCGGGUCUUGAGAACUAAUUCCAGUUUUCUACAGAUUGCUGCAUGCUCAAUAAUAAUUACCUGGUGAGGAUGGUUUAACCAGAGACAGGAGGCAUGGUUUUCACUCCAGAUUCGGUUCCCCAACAACUUAACAGCAACGCUGACAUCAAACCUGUAGUUGAUUAUUUCAUGGCCUUUUAAUGUGUUAAACCUCUGGCUAGGCUGACCAGACCACGUCAUCUCUCCGUAUCCAUGGCUCUGAGAUGUCAUCCUGGAGGUACAUAGUGAUCCUCUUCAUAUCAGCAUGGAGAGUUGAAGCUUUAUGGUGACUGUCUGAUUAGUUGUGCAACAGCCAGGGUUGCAACGGGUUGAACAGGGUGAACAGGUUGGAGGGAAGACAGGAGAGCGGGCAGGUUUAUAGUUCUUGCCCAGAGAUUGAAGUAGAAUAGACUUUUUUACCUUUCAGGAAGAGAGAACACAGUGAAUGUCAAAGACGGUUUGCUGUUUUCUUCUGUACUGUUUUGUUUACAGGUGUAACUGACACACACAGACAUUUUACUGAGUGAGGCCAGCUGUAGUAAUGGUGUAAUCAUGCUGUGUGCCCUGAACAAAAGUUGGGUGUGGGGUGGAUCUUGUGGCGAAGUACUUUGCACCAUGUCCUUAACUGCCCUACUGCUAAACUGCUCUCUGCUCUGACUUCUGGUGCACCUGCACCAUGGCCUCCACUCUCUAUGAAAGUACAUUCUCUGGUGCAAUGUGCAUGUGUGCAAUGUGCAUGUGAGCCAGUUCUCAGCUGUCCUGGGUGUUUACAAAGUGUUUCUGUGUGUUUACACAGACAGCAGCAAUUUUAUGCCAUAGCAGGUAUUGACGUUUGGCUGUUGUUGAUGGCACAUUGUAAAUAUCCCGCACAGACACUAAUCAACAGUCUAUUGUUGACUCGGAUUAAUAAUAAAUAGUCCUUCUCUCCUCUCUCUCGUUCUCUCUCUCUCUCGUUCUCUCGCUCUCUCUCUCCUGUCCUCCUCUCAUCUCCUCUCAGAUGAGUGGAUUAUGCUGUCGCUGAGAGAAACCGGGAAGAGGUGUGUGUUGAGACCAACCACUCAAACACCUCCGCUCUGAUUAAAUAUGGAGGAGCAGCUUAUUAGCCAUGUCUCUCUCUUUCAUCCUCACUCUAUUUAAUAUUUUUCUCGCUGUCUCUCUUUUCUCAUUCUCUCUUCACUGUCUUUUCCUCUCUUUCUGUGCUCACAGAAGAGUCAGACUCAAUUACCUCUUCUCCGUUCUUCAGUUGCGAUUCACUGUUGAUCUUUCAUUUUGGUGAACCACUACCUCCUCCCUCUACUCCCCCGGACUCACCGCCCCUCUCUUCCCUGGAACUCUACCUCCCCUCGCUCAUCUAGUCUUCUGUAGCAUCCAGGCUCAAGUAUGACUCCACACCAAACAUGCAUUUGUUGAAGUCUUUAGCUGAGGAGGAUUUGGUCAUAUGUUGCCAUGCAGUGAGUGUAGCUACACAUGAUCAGCUGAUCAGUCUUCACGUACUGUUCUGAGGGAUAGUCUACAUCAGUAGCAGCUCUAUUUCUCUGACUGUUGUAAAUAAUCCAUUGAGUAACUCUCUCUGAUCUAUUUCAUACAUACUGUAUUUCUUCUGCAAUAAUCCAGUAGUAGAGACUAGAGCUAACCAGUCAGUGGUUCUUGAAUUGGUACAAUUUGACCAAUGGCAUGGCUUCCCCAGAAACUGCUUCCUGUACCCAGCCAAAAGCAAUCAUGGUUCUCAUCGCAAUAAGGAAGAACGCAUUGUUGUUCUUCUGUGUUUUGUUAUCUAUCUACUCACCAGGGAAUGUCUGAAAAUGUUAUGCCCAAUCAAAGCAAUAUGGCUGACAUUCCACCCUAUCAGAGGGAAAGUUUAGACUUUUCAGAUCUACAGUAUAGGCUAAAUGUGUGUCCCAAAUGCCACCAUAUUCCCUACAUAAAAUGCCACCAUAUUCCCUACAUAAUGCUCUACUUUUGAUCAGAGCCCUAUGGGCCCAGGGGUUGGAGCAAGGAGUCCGUUUGGAACUGUGCCCACUAGUCUGGGCAUCUCCGCCUCUGUACAUUCAAAGACAAAGUCUGCAGACUCAAACGCUACUUCACAAGAUCUCACCAGCUUGAUACACUGAAUUAUAACUUUAAUCUGUUGUGUUAUUGUGUAAUCUUUCAUCUGUAAUGUCAAAUUAAUGAAGUGGAAUGUCAAUGUAUGUACAUUUUGUGUUCAUCUAACGCUUUAUAUUAUAAUGGGUUGACUGUA